AUGAAGGGUUGGAAUUGGCAAAAUACGCCUAAUGGAAGUGUUGAUAAUUCUACAACUCAGCAUAAUUAUUCACCAAUAUAUACAUUUCAAGCUAUAGCGUUGUCUGUCGCAGUUAUUGCUGGAUUUCCAGCUAAUAUUAUCACCUUAAUAGCUUGUUGUUACAGAAAUCGUCUUAACGUUGUUUCCAAUAUAUUUAUAGCUAACUUGUGUAUUUAUGAAUUAUGUAUGAUAUUACUUGAUUUUCCUCUAUCUCUAGUGAAUGCUGUUAAUGGCCGACAAAUUGUAACCAGCUCACUAUGUAAAUUUCAAUGUAUAAUUGGUACCAUGUGUUCAGCCGGAAUUAUUUUAUCAUUAGUUUGUGUUACCAUUGAUCGCUACUUUACAAUUGUAAAGCCCAUGAAAUAUGGUAUGAUUAUGACUAUUCGUAAAGCUGUUACCAUGAUUAUAUGUGUUUGGGUUUAUGUUUUCUUGUUAAUUCCAGCUUAUUAUAUACCAGAAGUACAACCUACUUGUUUAUAUUACUACGAAAUGUCCAGUUGCUUUACAAAUUGGGCUCAAUCGCCUAUCGUUGGAUAUUUUAUCCUUGCAACAUGUUAUGGCACGGCGCUAAUCGCCAUGAUAUACACGUACUGGAGGAUAUUCGUGAUUGCGCGCCACCAUAAUAAAGUUGGAGUUGAACAGUUGAAAGAAUUAACAAAGAAUGGUUACACUAACCGACCUUCCAUUACUCAAAUGAGAAGAAAAGGAUAUAAAACUAUCAAAGUUGUUAUCGUUAUCCUAAUUACAUAUAUUUGUUGUUGGACGCCUAUAACCAUAUUAGCAGCUACAAAUAUUCAGAAAUUUUCAGAUAUGCCACCUUGGGGUUUAGCGAUUGCGAAUUGCUUGGUUGUUAUCAAUCCUACAAUUAAUCCAAUUGUAUAUGGUAUUAUGAGUCAAGAGUAUAGGCAUAGCUAUCAAAGAAUAUAUCGUAUAAUUCGAAAUAGUCAGACAAUACGUCGAAGCUUAAUUAUUCCAUCACAAGCUUCAUUUGCAACGAAUCAAAAGGAUGGAAACGGCAAUUUGUCUUUAUCACAUGAUGUCAUAACGACAAAUCACGAAAGUAGAGAACAAGAAACAGUAACUUGA